AUGCAGAGGGAGGAAUUUAUCGAAACUUCCGAAGAAAGUGACGGACCCCCUUCACUUACGGCCACACUCUCGGCUGCUUCUAGUAGUUCGAUUUCGCCAGAAAACAAUGUAUACCGUAAUCCUUCCAACACAUAUUCCAGCCGGGCACCCGAACCUUUUGUCUUUGAGGACAGCGUCUUCUCAAAAGCACCUAGGUUUAGUCCUAUCAGAAACAUCUAUUUUAAUCAAGCAACAAUACCCGACCUUUCAUUCGAUAACCAUUUUCUGGAUUUCGACGCCUACCCGUUUGAUUUGUGCAGUCGUCCCGACCAAGUCCCCUUGCCAGUGGAUGGAAUAAUCGAGCUCCCACUCGCCACUCAGGAGAGCAAUGAGAACCCUGGAUAUGCGUCUACUUACUGGCCUGCAGUCUUCUCAGACCAAACGGAACUGAAUGCCACGGAAGAUCUCCACACUAGCAGAAGGAAAGGUAACAUGCUGGUUUCUAUCCCGGAAGCCAGCGCUGCUGAAGUCGAAUCCGAGCAGCAGUACAUCGUUGGGCUGGCUAGCGAGAUGCAGAGAAGACUACGCCAUCUUUCUGACGCUGGAGUAUCGCGAUCUUGGAACUCGUCAUUUUCCAGUGUGAUUCGAGCCUUUACGAUCCGCCUUGGCUAUGAGUCCUCAAAUGAUAUCAGUCACAAUACCUGGCAAGUCAUUCAUAAGAACAGUGGUGGUUUGAUUGAUCUCCAUAAUGGUGGUGGUGAUGGAGCUGCCGAUUCCGCAGCUGCUGAAUCUGCAGAUUCCUUGGACACGGAUCUUCUGUCAGUAUCAGAUGAGUCGGAUGAUAUCGACUUCCAGCCUUUGUACGAAGACCAUCCAAUUUUGCCACUGAUCCAGGCCAUUGCUCGUACCCUGCUCCGAGACUAUCGACUUCAGACUCAGCAUCGAGGAGAGACGUCUUCCAAUGGUGCCUCUUCCUCGGCAUCAGCGCUUGACCAAACAAAAGAGGCGAAAGGACCUUCGAAUCCUCAACUUCCAGUUAAUAGAAAGCGCAAACCUGAAACUGAGCUCAAAUCGGGCAGAGAGCCAGCUAAAUCAUCGGGAUCAGCGCAGGAGGCUAAAAAGCAGCAGCUCACAUUAGCAUGCCCCUUCUGGAAAUUCAAUACCGACAAAUAUCAUGUUUGCGUCACCAAAAAGCUCACAAGGGUACGGGACGUUAAACAGCAUCUUAAGAGGAGUCAUACUCCUGAGCACUACUGCCAACGCUGCUUCGAGAUCUUUGCCAACGAAGAUAGUCUUCGAGGCCACGUAUCGAAUCCAGAAGGGUGGACCUGCCUUCUCAACGAAACAGGGGCGCUGGACGGAAUUUCUCAUGAACAAAGCAGAAACUUACACAGAAAGUCGGCUCCUGGGCAGACGGAUGAGAAUCAGUGGUUCGCAAUUUGGGACAUUCUAUUCCCUGGAAAGACAAAACCACGCUCAGCGUACAUGAAUCCCGAUAUGUGCGAAGAACUAUCAGCUUUCCAAGAGCAUUUGAACUACAAUGCUGCUCAAGUUGUGCAAGAUUCACUAGAGACCGCCGGGUUUCUUUGGCAUCUCACAACCGAGGAGGAGUCACAAAAUUUCCGCAGGGUAGUCAACGAGGCUAUCUAUGCCAUGCAACAAGAGUGGAUCUCAAAUCGAACAACUAUGCGACCAAUAGCAAGCGCACGACAUUCACAUCAUCAAAGCCACCCUGGCAACUCUCAACCCGUCAGAGGAUUAACGACUCCUACUGACAGCGGCAUUGGUUUGGAAUCACAGACCGACGGAUCAUAUCGAAGACCAAGUACUGUACCUCAGCAAGCAAAUCUUUCAGGUUUAGAGCAGCAGGACAGCUCGACUGGUAUUCAGUCGCAAGUUUUGACAAUAUUGGAAGAUGCAGCUCGAAACAUGCCGGUCUUCGAUGGAGGGCCGACCACAAAUUCUUUAGCUGCCCAACCAGCAUCAAACUUUUGGGUACCACAGGCCCAUCUAGCGGGGUUGACAGGACUCUUUGGACCCGAUUCAAGAAUGAACGGAUUUGGUGCGGCGAAUAGUACAGUCCCGCCGAUUGAUCUUUCCUUUUGGGGCUUUGAUGAGAACGUGGGACAUGUCGCUCCGGCUUUGACAGGAGCGGCAACGGCGGAAAUUCCGUCAUCGACAGCGCAAACACCUUGA